AUGCCCGGUCACCAGCCAGAUCAACAUCAGAUUCCCCAGAUCGCCCCAUUGUCAGCCUCACCAAGGGAUAUCUUUCAUCUCAAUCCUCCUCAGAGUUUCGCCUACACCGACUUCGUUAUCAAAGCACCGCUUCCUCAACUUCCUGAUGGCAUGCCUGCAGAGACCGCAAGGCGAAAAUAUCCACGCACGCGCUUGAAGAGGCUGAUCAGGGCAGUGGAAGCUCGCCUAGGAGGACGCCGUUGUUUUUUCAGCGAACUGCAGCCGAAAGAUCGGAAGCAGGAGUCACAAUUCGAAUUUGUCAUGGCGAAUAUCGAACGCGACGCGAUGCGCAAUGAAUAUGGACCGACUGUGAAACUGACCCUGCCCAUACUGCCAGCUUCGGCCGUGCCGAUCUACCAGGAAAUGUUGCGGCAAGAAAGGAGGGGGUCGGCGAGGAUGGACGCCAACUUGGGCCACAUCACUGGAGUGGCUUUCAAUGGUGAGAUACAUACCUGCCCUGCCGGAGACUCUCGAAUACAGGCAUUAUCCGACGGGUCGAGUCAACAGCACGGGUUGAUGCGGACAUCGUUCAUGCCACUACUUUCUUCCUCUCCAAACAUACGCGACGCCCUCUUUGAGCAUAGCAGAGAGGAGCUUGAGGAAUUGGUUCGGAAUGACCUCCUGUUCCGCAGUGCUUGCGAAUACCACCAUAGACUCGUUCAAAAGGACUUGAGGCAAAUGUACCGCUGCUAUUUGCGUUACGUUGGUCGGCAGCCUGGAAUGCACUUGUGGACGUGGCUAGAAGUUACACACGAAGCAAGAAGGUUGAUCAAGAUGACCUUUAUUCAGCAACUGAAAAAUUGGAUGCAACAACAACCAGGCAUCAAAUUCGACUUCCAGGACGUGACGGGGACCGUCCUAGACCUUCAGCUGAGAUACUUGACUUCACAGGCCCGACAUUUCGAUCCCAUUCCCACACAAGCUUCACCACAAUUUCAAACAGAGCUCCACCGCCAGCAUGUGAUUGCCGCGAUGCUAAGACAGCGACGGAUUCUCCGAGAAUGGACGACGUCUAUCGCAAGGCGGUCCAGCGUGCGCGAUGGUGAGAGGUAUCGGAGAGAAGGCGAACAUAUCUUGGAUAUGUGGACCGGCACUGUCGAAGAGUACGAGGCGUUCAAAGAACGGAACAGAAAGGAGAAUACGGUAAUCACAGCCGGUAUGUUGCCUAUGGCGACUCAGCUUCGUGUUCGUGCGCCGAGGGCUCAAGUUCAGAGUCAUGCAAGGGUCCACGAGAAACAACAGUCGCCGGAUGGAGCGCAGCGUCCGUUGCACGUGCAAGAACAGGCUCAGGUGCCAAUGCCGGCUCAGGGACAAGAGCAACCGGACACAGAUCUUGGUGCUGAUGCAUGCGCAAGAACAGGGCCAGGCGCAGGAGGCGCAUGCGGUGGCAGUGCCAGGGCCAGGCCCAACCCCAGGACUAGACUAGUCGCAAGAGCAAGAGCAGUUGCAGACCGCCGCAGCAACGCAAGGGCAACGCCAGGAGCAGUCGCAACCACAAGAGGAGCUACAAAUAUCUCCUGCACAAGAGCAGAUGCCACUUCUGGAGACGAAGGCAUUGGGCAUACGAUUGCGACUACCAACGGACGGUAA